CUGUUUAGUGAGAUGGUCAAGUCUCGUCCUUUGCCUUCUACUGUUGAUUUCAAUAGAUUGUUGAGUGCCAUUGCAAAGAUGAAGAAGUACGAUGUUGUCAUCUCCUUGGGAGAGAAGAUGCAGAAGCUGGGAAUUUCACAUGAUCUCUUUACUUACAGCAUUUUGAUUAACUGUUUUUGUCGACGCUCUCAAAUCUCUCUUGCUUUAGCUCUUCUGGGGAAGAUGAUGAAACUCGGCUAUGAGCCUGAUGUUGUCACGCUUUCUUCGCUUCUCAAUGGUUACUGCCACGGUAUGAGGAUUUCAGAGGCAGUUGCUUUGGUUGAUCAGAUGGUGGAAAUGGGAUAUCAACCUAAUACCGCGAAUGUAGUCAUCUACAACACAGUCAUUGAUGGUCUUUGCAAAUACAAACAAGUGGACGAUGCUAUUGACCUAUUCAACGAAAUGGAGACCAAAGGAAUUAGAGCCAAUGUUGUUACCUACAACUCCCUCAUAAGCUGCCUUUGUAAUUACGGAAGAUGGACUGAUGCCUCUCAACUACUUAGAGAUAUGAUUGACAGGAAAAUCAACCCUGAUGUAGUCACUUUCAGCGCAUUGAUCGAUGCAUUUGUGAAGGAGGGGAAGCUUACAGAGGCUGGAAAAUUGUACAAGGAAAUGAUUCAAAGGUCUAUGGAUCCUAAUAUAUUCAUUUACAAUUCAUUGAUCAAUGGGUUUUGUAUGCAUGAUCGUCUAGAGGAGGCUAAGCAGAUGAUUUCUUUGAUGGUUAGCAAAGAUUGUCUACCAGACGUAGUGACAUACAGUACCCUUAUAAAGGGAUUUUGCAAGUGUAAAAGGGUACAAGAGGGUAUGGAAGUCUUCCGUGAGAUGUCUCAGAGAGGGUUGGUUGGCAACACAGUCACUUACACCACUCUUAUCCAAGGAUUUUUUCAAGCUGAUGAUUGUGAAAAGGCCCAAAUGGUAUUCAAACAGAUGAAUAAUGAUGGUGUGCCUCCCAAUCUCAUGACAUACAACAUUUUGUUAGUUGGACUUUGUAAUCAUAGGAAGCUAGAGAAAGCAUUGGUGGUAUUCCAGUAUAUGCAAAAGAGUCAAUUGGAACUUGAUAUAUAUACAUAUAAUAUUAUGAUUGAAGGGAUGUGCAAGGCUGGUAAGGUGGAAGAUGGGUGGGAUCUAUUUUGUAGCCUCAGCCUUAAAGGAGUGAAGCCUGAUGUUGUAACCUAUACUACAAUGAUCUCAGGAUUUUGUAGGAAAGGUUUAAAGGAGGAAGCAGGUGCCUUGUUCAAUAAAAUGAAAGAAGACGGACCUCUUCCAAAUAGUGGUGCAUAUAAUACGCUGAUCAGGGCACAUUUUAGAGAUGGUGACAAAGCAUCAUCAGCGGAACUCAUCAGAGAAAUGAGGCGUUGCGGGUUUGUUGGAGAUGCUUCAACUUUUGGCUUGGUCACAGAUAUGUUGUUUGAUGGGAGAUUGGACAAAAGCUUCUUGGAAAUGCUUUCUUAA